AUGACCGAUAAAUUAGAAUGGUCGUUCGCUCACAGCGAGGGCAAAUGUGACGUCGUCUACGUUGAGGAGCAGUCCGUGGUGUCGAGUGGUGCCGACGGGCAGGUGCGAAGGUACGACACGAGCCCCGAAGCGCUCGCAAGCUUCGCAGACCCCAGUCUCCUCUACGACCACGACAGCGAAGCCACCUGCCUCGCCGUCUCCAAGGAGAGGGAGUGGAUCGCGGUCGGGUUCAGCGACAACCAGGUGCACCUGCUCAAGUACCCUUCGGGCGAGUUCGAGAAGAUCCUCAUCCGCCUGCAGUGGCCCGUGCGGCACGUCGCCUUCAGCCCCGACGGCCUCUACCUGGCCGUCGCCGGCGAGGGGAGCAUCAAGCUGGUGAAUCUGGUGGACAAUACGCAGGUGACGGUGUUCAAGGGCCACCAGGGCGCCGUGCGCAGUCUGGCGUUCGACCCGCGGGGUGACUACUUUGCGUCGACGGGCGCCGACGGCACCGUGCGCAUCUGGAGCCUCGGCGACUGCGCGGAGGUCAAGUGCCUGCCUAUCUUGCCCAAGGGCGAGCCCGAGAGUCCGCCUCUGCUGAGCCGACUGGAUUGGCACCCGCACGGCGCGCUCCUUGCAGUUCCCACCGACGACGGUGUGGUGCUGCUUGCACGAGACACCUGGGAGGUGUCCGGCAAGCUGCAGGGCGAACACAAAAAGGGAGUCAACUUGUUCAGGUGGUCGCCGAACGGGGCGUACGGUGCGAGCGCCGGCCAUCAGGACAAGACGGUCUUUGUAUGGCGGGCGGAAGGCGCCAGCUGGGAGACGAUCGACAAGGUCACCUGUCGCAGCGCCGUACUGGGCCUCUCCUGGAGCCCGUCUGCCAACGUCCUCGCCCUGAUCAACGAGAGUGGACAGUGGAGUAACUGGCAGGACGUGGUGCCGUCGGCGUGGCCCAACCCGCACGCGCCGCUCGGGGCGAAGGAGGGCGAGGAGGAGGAGGACGCGGUGGUGGUCGUCGCCAGGCCCACCGCCUCCUCGCUGAUCGCCGACCUGUUCGACCACGAGGACGAGGCCGGCAACCAGGAGACCACCAUCACCAAAAAGAAGAUCAAGGGCACCGGAAAGCCCAAGAAGAGCAGCAAGAAGAGCAAGAACGCUGAUGAUGACGACGAGCUGGCCGGCAUGUUUGACGAUGAAGCCGAGGAGGUAGACGGUGAUGGCGAAGAAGAAGAGGAAGAAGGAGAAGAAGCCGAUGAGGAUCGUGAAGGUGAAGGAGAGGACCUCGAUGGUGACGAGGAAGCGUUUGGUGGGCUCGAGCACGACAGCAUGGAUCUGGCGGCGGCUGAUGAUGGCGGAGCAGAGGGCAAUGCGGAGAAGACGACACGAGCCGCGGCGCCCGCCGUGCGGCCCUACCACGUGGUGCGCAUCCCGCCGAUGAAGGCGCAGCCGGCCUUCCAGCCCAACUGCGGCCAAACCAUCGAAGCCAAGCGAUAUUUGGCGUGGACGCUCUUUGGCCUGAUAGAGUUCACCAAGGAGGUUUCUUCGUCUUUCAUUGAGGUGGAGUUCACGGACACGUCGGCGUACAAGAACUUCAGGAUGGCCAAUCUGUACAACUUCACCAUGGCGGCCAUGGGACCCCAGGGCGCCCUGUUUGCCGCCAAGAGUGGCGAAGGCUUCCCGGCCAACAUGAUGUUCAGGCCGUUCAACAGCUGGGCCUCCAACUCGGAGUGGAGCAUCAAGAUGCCCGUAGACGAGGAGAUUGAAGCGCUGCGGAUACUUUCGACCGGCGGCAUACAGCUGUCGAUCCUCGCGCUGCCCGGUCCCGUGGUCGCCAUGGCCGCCCACGAGAAUCUGCUGGCCGUCGCCUACCAUCUCACCCCGCCCACGCGCGACCGACAAAACAUCGAGGUCAAGCUGCUGGACGUGAAGAAGGGCGAGUGCGUAGCGACCGUGCCCGUGCCAUUGAACGUGGCGCGCGCUACGCUCCAAUGGAUCAGCUUCUCCGAAAUGGUGUGCGGCCUGUUCAACAGCUUCGGCUGGAGCUUCGUGCCAAUCUUCAACUUUGCCGAGCUGAACGAGGCCGUUGAUGAAGAGGCCGACCCCAAGUCCGAGCAGUUCUGGAUCAUCGGCCUCAAGGGUGAGCAGUUGCUCUGCGUCCCUUGUGAUCCCGACACCGAACAGCCGCCGGUCGAUGAGAGGCCAGGGAUCGUCGGGUUCCCGCUGUCGAUUCCGCUCGUCAAGGACACCCCGGUCGGCGUCGACGAGGAGCGACAUCUCAAAAACAAGCUGCUUAUCAACUACAAGAAGUUUAUGGCGGAGGCCAAGAGCAAGGACGAGAACGUCGAACUGGCGCAGAAGGAGAUCAUGAACGAGCAGGUCGACGCCGACAAGCAUCUGCUCGGCAUGAUCCAGAAGGCCUGCCAGACAACAAAGGCGGCGCGCGCUCUCGACUAUGCCGCGCAGCUGAACUUCCCCAAGUCGCUCGCCAUUGCCGUCCAGCUGGCCGAGAGGAGCUCGCUCACGGAGUUGGCCAGCCGCAUGGACGCCCUGCUGACGAAAAAGGCCGAGCAGCUCAACCCGGCAGCGGCGAAGCCGCGGAAGGACCAGGCGGAGGCAGUGGCGGAGGUGACGAAGGGCAAAGCGACCCCCAAGGCCAAGCCGGCCCAGGCGGACGAUGAUGAAGUGGAGGCGGUGGAAGACGACGAUGACACGCAGCUGAGCGUUCCGGCGCGACGGAAGGAGAAAGUGACCGCGGGGAAAAAGAGGACCAGAGACGAGGUGGACGAAGAGGAAGAGGAGGAGGAGGAAGAGGAAGAAGUGGAUGAAGACGACCUGAGCGACUACGAGCGGAACAACACGAAGAGGCGCAAGGUGGUUGAGGAGGAACCGAAGAAGAAGAAGAAGCCGACGACGACGAAGCCCCUCACCGAACACGAGAAGGGCCUCAUCUCGGACAUGUUUGGCAACGAAGAGGAGGAGGACACCCUCGGCCAGUGA